AUGACCCCUUUCUUCACAGGCAAAGACAUAGUAAUUCGAAAAGCCUUCGUGGCUGAUGAGAAUACGAGCAUAGUGAAGUCCCGUAUGGAUGCUAUUAAUUGGUUCCUCGGAGGUUCGGCUGCUCUCGAGUUUCCAGCUGAGCUUAGCCCCCCUUUCGAGGACGUUACUUCUGUAUUGAAACUCCUUACUAGCGUGCUCGCCAACUGUCAAAAGGGUCGGCCCGGUCAACUGAGUGCCUUACCUAGCUCGGAAGGGGAAAUUUCUGUCCAGCCUAUAGAGAGGAAGGCGGCAGUGCGAUGGAGGACCGUGGGAGAUCCCGUGGGCGAGGGUGGGUGUGACGAUGGGGGUACCGCAGCCAUAUGCAAUUGGCGGAAUGUUCUGGGGAGCCUUGCCGACUACGAGGAAGGAUCCCAGCACAAAACGUAUGCCAUUUGA